AUGCCCCGGGGCUUCCUGGUGAAGAGGAGCCGGCGGCCCACGCCCAUCUCGUACAGGACCCGCUGCUGCUACUCGGCGGCGGAGGGAGGCGAGCCGGCGCAGGUGUUGGCUCCUCCGCCGCUGCCCAGCUCGGGCUUCGCCUCGGAGCCCCCCGAGCUGGCGCCUCUGCCUGUCCCGGCGCCGCCGCCGUUCGGCACACCCGAGGGCCCGUCCUCCGCGGCGCCCCUUCACAGCCCCGCGCGGGCGGUCAGCGAGGAGCGCAGCCUGCACCUGGGCUCGCCCGUGUCGGCCGAGUCCUUUCCGGCGCCAGAGCCGCUGCUCCUGGGCCCUGGUGGGGAGCUCAAGCUCUGGGCAGUCGCCGCCGCCGCCGCAGCCGCCGCCAUCGCCGCCGGCCCCCCUCCGCCGCCGCCGCCGCCGCCACCGCCCCCCCAGCGCAGCCACGGACCGAGCCAGGGCGCAGCCAAGCGACCGCAGGGCCGGAAGGCCAAGGCGGCCCGCAAGCUGCACUUCGAAGAUGAGGUGACGACGUCGCCCGUGCUGGGGCUGCGCAUCAAAGAGGGGCCUCCGGAGCCGGCCUCGACGGCGGCGACCACGGCGACGCAGCAGCAGCAGCAGCAGCAGCAGGCGGCGGGCGGCCCCCGCGCGGGGAGCGCGCAGCCGCUGGGCGAGUUCAUCUGCCAGCUGUGCAAGGAGCGCUACCCGGACCCGCUGGCGCUGGCUCAGCACAAGUGCUCGCGCAUCGUGCGCGUCGAGUACCGCUGCCCCGAGUGCGACAAGCUCUUCAGCUGCCCGGCCAACCUGGCUUCGCACCGCCGCUGGCACAAGCCCCGGCCCCCCAGCGCCCCCGCCGCCGCGGCCAAGGCCAAGGCCGUGCUCGAGGAGCCUGCCAAGGCGGGCGGCGGCGGCAGCGGCAGCGAGCGGGACACGCCGAGCCCCGGGAGCGGCGGCGGCGGCGGCGGCGGCGGCAGCAGCGGAGGAGAGCCGGAGUCCGGGGCCGAGGAGUUCCCCUGCCCGCGCUGCGCCAAACGCUUCCGACGCCAGAGCGCCUUGCGCAAGCACCUGCCCGUCCACCACGAGCCCCUCGACGGGCUGCCCCAGACCCGGCAACCGCCCGAGCCCUGCUCUGAGGAGGCGGCGGCGGCGGCGGCGGCGGCCGGCCACGGCCCGCUGUGCUUGCCCGGGGAGUGCCACCCCUGCCCGGUGUGCGGCGAGAGCUUCCCGAGCAAGAGCGGGCAGGAGCGCCACCUGCGCCUCCUCCACGCCGCCCAAGCCUUCCCCUGCAAGUACUGCCCGGCCACUUUCUACAGCUCGCCGGGCCUCACGCGGCACAUCAACAAGUGCCACCCGUCGGAGAACCGGCAGGUCAUCCUGCUCCAGGUGCCCGUGCGCCCCGCCUGCUAGAGGGAGCCCAGCUGUGCCUUCGC